CGCGAGAAGAAUUGUUUUCUCAAUGGGGAGCGUCACUGACACUUUUCAAGGAAGGAGAAGAACCAUCCUGCUCUAUUCUUAACAUUUACUUUUAAAAUACCGCUUCCCGCUCGACACUUUUGGCUUCCCGACAAGACUGAGCCUACAGCCUGAUCCUGAAGAAACUGAAAGGCAGCUAUGGUCCAGCAGAGUUCCAGGUCUCCUGAGCUCCGCCUCAUCCCAGCAGCCCUGCUGUCCUAAAGGUGUGUAUGAAGCUGAGCUCCACCUACUCUCCACCAUGGCAUAGACAGCUGGCAGAGCAGCCGAGAUGAUGGCCUCAGCCAUUGCCGAGGGCACCCGGGACCGGCAGCCCCUCUCGCUGAAUGGGGUGGAUCCAGAAACAUGCAUGAUAGUGUUUCAGAACCACUGGGCUCAGGUGGUGAAGAUCCUGGACAAGCAUGACCCUGUGCGGAGUGGCGGUGGCACCGGGGUCCUGCGGUAUGGGCCCAUUCCAGGUGACGAGGCCAGCGCUGUGCAGAAUUACGUGGAGCACAUGCUUUUCCUGCUGAUGGAAGAGGGUUGCGGCCAGGCAGGUGCCAUGGGCCCCAUCCUGGAGUUCGUGGUGACGGAGAAUGUCAUGGAAAAGCUGUUCCUGUGGAGUCUCCGGCGACAGUUCACCGAUGAUAUGAAGCUGGAGCAGCUGCGCAUGUAUGAGAUGCUGGUGGGCGGCUCACGGCAGCCACUGCUUCACCACAAGCCUGUGCUGCGGCCCCUCAUGACACUGCUGAGCUCGUGCUCUGGCACCACUGCACCUGCGGUUGAGGCCCAGCUCGUUCUUCUUCUCCACCAGCUCUGCUCCAUCCUGGGCCAUGACCCCUCUGUGCUAGAGCUGUUUUUCCAUGCAAGUGAGGACCAGGGUGCUGCCAACUUCCUCAUCUUCUCCCUGCUCAUCCCGUUCAUUCACCGGGAGGGUGCAGUGGGCCGGCAAGCCCGCGAUGCGCUCCUCUGCAUCAUGGCACUGUCGGCCGAGAACUGCGUGGUGGCCGAGCACAUUGCCGAGAACACCUACUUCUGCCCUGUACUGGCUACGGGACUGAGUGGCCUGUACUCCUCCCUGCCCACUAAGCUGGAGGGGCGCGGUGAGGACUGGCACCGUCUGGAGUACACUGACUGGCGGUCCCUGCCUGCUCUGGUGCAGUUUCUCAACUCCCUUGAGUUCUGCAAUGCCGUCAUAAAGGUGGCCCACCCAUCCAUCAGGAGCCAGCUGGUCAGUUACAUCUACAAUGGCUUCUUGUUGCCUGUGGUGGCACCCGCUCUUCACAAGUUAACCUUUGAGGAGGUGAUGACCACCACAGCUUACCUGGAGCUGUUCCUGCGCAGCGUCAUGGAGCCCGCCCUCCUGCAGACAUUCCUCAGCUUUAUCUUGCUGCACCAGCAUGAGAAUGUUCAUAUCCUAGACACAUUGGUCAGCCGCAUCAACACGCCCUUCCAGCUUGGCACUGUGUCCCUGGGCCUGUUUCGAACCCUCACUGGUCUCUACUGCGAGGAUGUCAUGCUUCAGCUUAUCCUCAGGUACCUGGUCCCCUGCAGCCACAUGAUGCCGAGCCAGCGGCGGGUGCUCAGGGAGGGGGACUACUACUCGGUGUCAGCGGCUCGCUUCCUGUCCCUCAUCCCUGCCUGUUGUCUCCCGAAGCCCAGGCCUCUGCACACGCCGCCACUGGACUGCAUCCUCUGGUCCAAGGGCGCAGACGGCCCCUACGGAAGAAACCGUGGUCCCUGUAUUUCCGACCAAGGCGAGGCGCUUUCCGAAGAACACUGCAUGGAAUUUUCCUGCAUAAUCGGGCCAGAGGUCUCCAUGGAUGUCGACUACCUGCAGUACCUGUAUGAUGCCCGAGAUAGCGUUAGCCACAGUAUCCGGGCGUGCCGGGUAUGGUCGGCCCCGUACGAUGGCUACGACCCUCCUCCUGAGCUCUUCCAGUCCUGCCCUCCGGAGGAUGGGUUGGGAAGCCCACCCAGACGGACACAGGGCUCACACCUGGUCUCUGCCAAUGACAAGGUCAAUCACCUGGAGCUCGAGUGGGACGACAGUUUUGAUGCUGUCCCUUGCCCUGGUGAGAGCGAAGAGCUGCAGACCAACAGGCCCUCGGUCCCUGCAGAGCCACCGAAACACAUCCAGGAGAUGAAGAGGAGCGCCCUCAUGCUUAUCAGGGGCUCCUAUGUAGAGGAGUCUGAAUUUCAGGAUGAUGUCAUGGUGUAUAGUCUUGUCGCACAGAAGGAUGCCCAAGACGUGGUGGAUCGCAGUGAGUGGAAGCGCCAAGGGAUGGAGCCGGCAACGUCCAGCCCGGAGAAAGGAGCCCCACAGGGACAGAGCCAGGAGCAGCCAGGCAUUCCCCUUCUCAAUGGGCUGAGCUCCAUCACAAAGCAUCCAGAGCCAGAGGAACUCAACCAGCUGACCGUUGGUGUCACUUGGGACAAGCCAGAGCACAGCAAUGACGCAGGCCCCCCAAGCCGGCCAGGAGAGGACCUCAUCUCCCAGUAUGAGGAGCUCAUCGGGGCUCUGGGAGUGGAGUCGGGGAGCCCAACGAAAAGCCAGAGUGGCUUCAGAAGGACCAUCAGCCCUGCGGAGGAAGAUGAGGUGGACUUCUCCUCCUUCAGUGCUGACACUCCAGAAGCAGAGAAGACCCCGUCACCAGAGGGAUCAAGAAGUCGUCAAGGAAGCAACGUCCAGGCAGCCCCUUUCACGGGGCCAUUCAUCAGCGUGCUGCUGUCCCGCCUGGAGAACAUGCUGGAAAACUCGCUGCAUGUGAACCUGCUGCUGACGGACAUCCUGGCUCAACUGGCAACGUACCCACAGCCAUUGCUGCGCUGCUUCCUGCUCAACACCAACAUGGUGCUCCAGCCCAGCGUGCGCUCACUCUACCAGGUCCUCGCAUCCCUGAAGACACAGAUCAACCAGAGAGUCUCCGCGAGGCCUGACUUUGAGGUGCUGGUGGCAGAGGCACAGCGGUACUUACAGGCCAGGGAAGAGGCGCUGAGAAAUGUGCAUCAUGACUCCUCGGUCGGCGAGAGUGGCACGCUGCCCCCCGGCGGCCGGACCCCGAGAGACAUGCCGGCCCUGCCCAGGAUCCCUCCCCAGGCCAGGAACGCAGCGUUUGCUACGGUCAUCUACUCGGAGUUCCUCAAAGAGCUGGCGGCCAUCGCCCAGGAGCACUCCAUCCAGUCCCACCUGCCCUUCAACGAAUAGGUCAACGGGGUCACAUCAUCAGGCCUCCCGUUACAAUAUUUUUGACAGCUGAACAUUUGAAAGCCCUUUGAAACCUUUCACAUUCCUGACACUACUUGACAACAAAGAUACCUCUUGUGA